AUGGGGUGCGUCCUGGGUCAGCAUGAUGACUCAGGAAAGAAAGAGCAAGUCAUCUACUACCUGAGCAACACUCUAGUCGGAUAUGAGACGAGGCACACGCCUCUGGAAAAGACGUCGCCUUGCUGUCGUUUGGGCAACCCAGAAGCUCAGACAUUACAUGCUGGCCCACUCGGGGUUAAGCUGCUGGCCCGAAUGGAUCCUCUGAAGUCUUUGUUCGAGAAGCCAGCUAAAUCCAUCAAGGGACAGGCCAUCGCCGAUCACUUGGCCACGCACCCCGUCCCGGCCUACGAACCGUUGAAGACAGACUUCCCCGAUGAAGACCUCUUGUUUGUCACUGCGGAAGAGCCCAAUAACUGGCAGAUGAACUUCGACGGAGCCUUUAAUGACUCCGGAAAUGGUAUAGGGAGAAUGAUGAUGUCCCAAGAGGAAAGACUAUUGAUCAGCAGACUGAAUUUUGAAUGUACGAAUAACAUUGCGGAGUACGAAGCCUGUAUAGCCGGGCUCAAGCUUGCCAUUGACAUGUCCUUAAAGCGAAGCGCCUCGAUGUGA